UCUGGACAGCACGGCACUCUCUUUCAGUCGGUGUUUCGCGGUAGAAUACUGUGGUCGUGUGGCACGAGUACGAGCCACACUCGUGUAGUGUACACUGUACAGUGGCGUAUUUGUGUUGUAAUAAAUUCACUGAUCCACUGUACUGAACCGCUGUUUGCCAGAAAUGAAGUAACAUUGGAUUACGAGAUCGGUCCUUACGUGCCACGUUCAUCUUUAUACACCUUAAAAUCACCGAAUAACUUUUGUGUCCCUAACGCACUGCCAAAUAAUAUGGGUUGCACCAGAAAGGGGCAGAGACAUAUUUCUUGGAACGUAAGGAGACUCUGGCCAAUCCUGUUUCAAAGUAGUAUGAAAGGGUUUUAGUCGACUUUGUCCAUGCAACGAUAAGUUCUUGGAACGAAAGGUAUUUGGCGUUCUUAACCUAAUAGGGAGAGCUCCCCUGUGUGAAUGACAUCGCUGCGUGACCGAACGGAGAGGUCUUCCUUUUUGACUUUGAUAACGUACAAUAAUCAAACCAAGAUAUACACAUACAAGCAUUCACAAUGGAAUACAAAGCGCCGACAGAAAUGGACACCUUCCUACCCCAAGAUGGGUCUAAUGCGAAGGAUGGUGUAUUGUCCAAAUACAAAGUGCAAGUCGCUCCACGAGAUAUUGAGGUCGGACAGGGUGAUGGAAAAAGCUUCGACCCCUUCAAUGAACGAAAAGUUGAUAACCCGACGACGGACGGUGACACAUUAACGCAUUUGUUAAAAGCUGCCCUUGGAACGGGUAUAUUAUCCAUGCCAAUUGCUUUCAAGAAUGCUGGACUUGUCGUUGGUGUAUUUGCCACAAUUCUGGUGGCGUUCGUAUGCACACAUUGCGCCUAUAUUUUGGUAAAAUGUGCACAUGUUCUAUAUUACAAAACGAGGCGUACAGAAAUGAGCUUUGCCGAUGUAGCAGAAGUAGCGUUUGCCACGGGACCACAAUGGGGGAGAAAAUUUUCAAAACCGAUCAGAUACCUUAUACAGAUCAGUUUAUUCACAACGUAUUUUGGUACCUGUAGUGUGUACACAGUGAUCGUUGCUGCAAACUUUGAUCAGAUCAAUAAGUAUUAUUAUGGGGAAUCGAAAUUCGAUAUCCGGUACAUGGCAGCCACUUUAAUGAUUCCAAUGGUACUGCUCAGUUGGGUACCAAAUCUGAAAUAUCUUGCACCUGUUUCCAUGGUAGCCAAUAUAUUCAUGGGAUCAGGUUUAGGAAUAACGUUUUAUUACUUAGUUACGGAUAUGCCAUCUAUCAGCUCUGUACCUUUAUUCGCGCCCAUUCAAGACUUCCCGCGAUUCUUCAGCAUUACUAUCUUUGCAAUGGAAGCAAUAGGAGUUGUAAUGCCACUGGAGAAUAAUAUGAAAACACCCCAACAUUUUAUCGGAAUUUGCGGUGUUCUCAAUAAGGGAAUGUCCGGGGUUACGUUCAUCUACAUUUUACUUGGAUUCUUGGGAUACGCGAGAUAUCAGGACCAAACUUUAGGCAGUAUCACAUUAAAUCUACCAACGGAAGAAGUAGCGGCUCAAAUCGUGAAGAUAUUAAUAGCUCUUGCCGUUUAUUGCACAUUUGGACUACAGUUUUACGUUUGCCUGGACAUUGCAUGGAAUAGUAUAAAACAUCGAUUUCACGAAAGGACAACAGUAAAUUAUAUUUUAAGAACAGCUAUGGCCAUAGGAGCAGUUUUAUUGGCUGUGACCGUACCAACUAUCGAACCCUUUAUUGGACUAAUUGGUGCAUUUUGUUUUUCAAUAUUAGGACUUUUAAUUCCUGUGUUCGUCGAAACCGUCACUUAUUGGGACGUUGGUUUUGGACCCGGAAAUUGGGUAGCACUGAAAAACGUAAUCAUAUGUAUCAUUGGGCUUAUGGCUCUAAUAUUUGGAUCUCGAAGUGCAUUAAUGCAAAUCGCAGAACUUUACAGUUAAGAAAAAUUGGUUUCAUAUACAUAGAUUUAUAAAUAUUCCAAUAUUCCAAACUCCAAAAACGUUUGGAAGCCAUUUAACAGGUUUUAAUGCAAUACAUUUCUGAUAAUUUAAUUAUUUUAUGAUGACAAUCAAGAAAAUCAAAUAGGAUAUAAAUUGAAGAUAUCAAUUUAUUUUGUAAGAUACGUAUAAUCAGAAGUUUGGUAAAAUUUAUAUCAGAAAUUUAGAUGCGAUCAUAUUAUGCUUACAAGACAUGUCCUAGUAUUUUAGUAAGAUAGAAUGAAUUCUAACCAACGUAACUUCGGUUGUUGUGCAAAUGAGAAUUCAAUGAAUCGAAAUUAAAUUCUUUUAAGAAUGAGAAAUUGGAAAACUAACAUUCGAUAUAGUUCAAAUAAUAUCUACGCACAAACAAUUUAUAUUAUAAAAUGAGAACUAUUAGGGGAGGUUAUAUGAGAAGAUUUAAUCGUUAAUAAGUGACUAAUUUGAAAAUAUAUCUAGUAACUUACUCUGUUCCUAAAACAUAAUAUAUACUAUAUAUAUUCUAUUUAAUUCGUGAAGAUACUAGACUGAGAGAAGUUAACAGUAUUCGUAAGAAAUAUUUUACAUCGGAGCAAUACGUUGUAAUUAAUUUUGAUUGAUAUUAUUUAUUUAACAAAUUGGAAUUUUUUACUUUAUUAUAAUGAUAAAUUACGUUUGAACAUUUUUUUAUAUUCUGCACAUAUAACUGUACCCUAUUUGAAACAUAUAAAGAAUUUUAAAAAAUUUUAGCUACAAUUAAGAUCUAUAAAAAUUGUUAAUACAUAGAGAAGUAUGUUUGCGUGUUGUUAGUCUUAUAAAUUAACAAUCAAAUCUUAAAGUAUAACCUUCAUUUUUCUUCCUAAAUUUAAUAGCAUGUAUUAUUGUAAUAAUUCAAACAUUUGUAAACAAGCCAUAACAUGUUUCAUGUAUGUGAUUCACAGUGCAGCAAAUGUUUCAUUCUACUGUGUUGCAUUUAAUACAAAUGUACAUUUAAAAGAAAGCAAAAUCCUUCCGAAGCAAUUUUUGCUUAUCGAACUUGUUAUAAAUCAAUUGACUUUUUAUACAGUUGUUGGAAAUUUCUACAUAUUCCUGGUGAAAAAGAAAUAAUGAAGUGAUUACAAUAUUUAAAUACAAACCAUUUUACAAUA